GCAUCAAUUUUUUAUAGGUCGUUAAGCAUAAAGUUUAUACGACAACUAAGUUCCAACAUGAGUUCUAAACGUGUAGCUGUAUGUCAAAUGACUUCUGUUGCGGACAAGGCUUCUAACUUACAAGUUGUCAGCAAACUUAUUAGUGAUGCAAGUAAAGAAAAUGUUCAGAUGUUAUUCUUCCCUGAAGCUUGUGACUAUUUAUGUGACAGUAAAAAAGAUACAUUAGAUUCUGCAGAGACAUUGCUUACUGGGAAUACAGUAAAGAGCUAUAGAGAAUUAGCUGCAAAGCAUAAUGUUUGGUUAUCCAUGGGUGGAGUACAUGAAAGGGAUGAACGAAACCCCACAAAAAUGUUUAAUACACAUAUAAUUAUAGACAACAAGGGUGACAUAGUGCAGACAUAUAGAAAGUUGCAUUUGUUUGAUGUAGAGAUUCCAGAGAAGAAUGUCCGUUUGAAGGAAAGUGAUUUUACAAGCCCUGGCAGCCAUGUUGUCACACCUGUUGACACACCUGUAGGACGUAUUGGUUUGGAAAUCUGCUAUGAUAUGCGUUUCCCUGAACUCAGUACAACACUUGGCUCAAUGCGGGCUGAUAUUUUAACAUUUCCAUCUGCAUUUACUUAUGUUACUGGUAUGGCACAUUGGCAUUUGUUGCUCAGAGCACGAGCUAUAGAGAACCAAUGUUAUGUAUUAGCAGCUGCACAAACAGGUCAGCAUAACACCAAGCGACGGUCUUACGGACAUGCUCUGUGCGUAGACCCAUGGGGCGAAGUACUAGCUGAUUGCGAAGAAGAGGGUCCAUGUUAUAAAAUUGCUGAGAUUUCCUUAGAAAAACUUGCUGAUGUAAGACGUAAUAUGCCUGUGUUCCAACAUAGGAGAACAGAUGUGUAUUCAUUAUAUACACUUAGUUUACGUAAUAAACUUUUAGCGGAGCAUUCUGUUACUGCUGUCACAUCUACAACCACCAAUCAAACACAAGAUGUAGAAAAUAGUGAACCAAUGUACGUCUUUGGUCAAGCUAAAGUACCAGAAUCAUGUGUAUUCUAUAAAACUAAUUUAACGUAUGCAUUUGUAAAUUUAAGAUGUGUUAUACCAGGUCAUGUUCUAGUCGCCCCUAUACGAUUAGCAGAAAGAAACAGAGAUCUCAAUGAUGAAGAGGCUGCAGAUUUCUUUAAAACUGUCCGAUUAGUCCAAAGGUUAAUGGAAAAAGUACACAAUGUUAAUUCAAGUACAGUUACCAUUCAGGAUGGACCUGAGGCCGGUCAAACAAUAAAGCAUGUACAUUGUCACAUAUUACCAAGGAAGAAAGACGACUUUAUUGACAACGACCUUAUUUAUUUAGAACUGGCUAAACAUGACAAGGUAUCACCGACAACACCAAGAAAGCCGGCUAGGAGCUUACAAGAGAUGAGAGAAGAGGCUGCCAUGUUACGCAAGGAGCUUGAAAUUAUGACACAGGAUUCUGAAAAACAAAAUUGA